UUAACAGGAGACAGGUGUAUUAACAGGAGACAGGUGUAUUAACAGGAGACAGGUGUAUUAACAGGAGACAGGUGUAUUAACAGGAGACAGGUGAUAUUAACAGGAGACAGGUGUAUUAACAGGAGACAGGUGAUAUUAACAGGAGACAGGUGUAUUAACAGGAGACAGGUGUAUUAACAGGAGACAGGUGUAUUAACAGGAGACAGGUGUAUUAACAGGAGACGGGUGUAUUAACAGGAGACGGGUGUAUUAACAGGAGACGGGUGUAUUAACAGGAGACAGGUGUAUUAACAGGAGACAGGUGUAUUAACAGGAGACGGGUGUAUUAACAGGAGACGGGUGUAUUAACAGGAGACAGGUGUAUUAACAGGAGACAGGUGUAUUAACAGGAGACAGGUGUAUUAACAGGAGACCGGUGUAUUAACAGGAGACGGGUGUAUUAACAGGAGACAGGUGUAUUAACAGGAGACGGGUGUAUUAACAGGAGACGGGUGUAUUAACAGGAGACGGGUGUAUUAACAGGAGACAGGUGUAUUAACAGGAGACAGGUGUAAUAACAGGAGACAGGUGUAUUAACAGGUAUAUUAACAGGAGACAGGUGUAUUAACAGGAGACAGGUGUAUUAACAGGAGACAGGUGUAUUAACAGGAGACAGGUGUAUUAACAGGAGACAGGUGUAUUAACAAGAGACAGGUGUAUUAACAGGUUUAUUAACAGGAGACAGGUGUAUUAACAGGAGACAGAUGUAUUAACAGGAGACAGGUGUAUUAACAGGUUUAUUAACAGGAGACAGGUUUAUUAACAGGAGACAGGUUUAUUAACAGGAGACAGAUGUAUUAACAGGAGACAGGUGAUAUUAACAGGAGACAGGUGUAUUAACAUGAGACAGGUGUAUUAACAGGAGACAGGUGUAUUAACAGGAGACAGGUGUAUUAACAGGUGUAUUAACAGGUGUAUUAACAGGAGACAGGUGAUAUUAACAGGAGACAGGUGUAUUAACAGGAGACAGGUGUAUUAACAGGAGACAGGUGUAUUAACAGGAAACAGGUGUAUUAACAGGAGACAGGUGUAUUAACAGGAGACAGGUGUAUUAACAGGAGACAGGUGUAUUAACAAGAGACAGGUGUAUUAACAGGUGUAUUAACAGGAGACAGGUGAUAUUAACAGGAGACAGGUGUAUUAACAGGAGACAGGUGUAUUAACAGGAGACAGGUGUAUUAACAGGAGACAGGUGAUAUUAACAGGAGACAGGUGUAUUAACAGGAGACAGGUGUAUUAACAGGAGACAGGUGAUAUUAACAGGAGACAGGUGUAUUAACAGGAGACGGGUGUAUUAACAGGAGACAGGUGUAUUAACAGGAGACAGGUGUAUUAACAGGAGACGGGUGUAUUAACAGGAGACAGGUGUAUUAACAGGAGACAGGUGUAUUAACAGGAGACAGGUGUAUUAACAGGAGACAGGUGUAUUAACAGGAGACAGGUGUAUUAACAGGAGACAGGUGUAUUAACAGUAGACAGGUGUAUUAACAGGAAACAGGUGUAUUAACAGGAGACAGGUGUAUUAACAGGAGACAGGUGUAUUAACAGUAGACAGGUGUAUUGACAGGAGACAGGUGUAUUAACAGGAGACAGGUGUAUUAACAGGAGACAGGUGUAUUAACAGGAGACAGGUGUAUUAACAGACGACAGGUGUAUUAACAGGAGACAGGUGAUAUUAACAUGAGACAGGUGUAUUAACAGGAGACAGGUGUAUUAACAGGAGACAGUUGUAUUAACAGGAGACAGGUGUAUUAACAGGUGACAGGUGUAUUAACAGGAGACAGGUGUAUUAACAGGUGUAUUAACAGGAGACAGGUGUAUUAACAGACAGGUGUAUUAACAGGAGACAGAUGUAUUAACAGGAGACAGGUGUAUUAACAUGAGACAGGUGUAUUAACAGGAGACAGGUGUAUUAACAGGAGACAGGUGUAUUAACAGGAGACAGGUGAUAUUAACAUGAGACAGGUGUAUUAACAGGAGACAGGUGUAUUAACAGGAGACAGGUGUAUUAACAGGAGACAGGUUUAUUAACAGGAGACAGGUGUAUUAACAGGAGACAGGUGUAUUAACAGGAGACAGGUGUAUUAACAGGAGACAGGUGUAUUAACAGGAGACAGGUUUAUUAACAGGAGACAGGUGUAUUAACAGGAGACAGGUGUAUUAACAGGUGUAUUAACAGGUGUAUUAACAGGUGUAUUAACAGGAGACAGGUGUAUUAACAGGUGUAUUAACAGGUGUAUUAACAGGAGACAGGUGUAUUAACAUUAGACAGGUGUAUUGACAGGAGACAGGUGUAUUAACAGGAGACAGGUGAUAUUAACAGUAGACAGGUGUAUUAACAGGAGACAGGUUUAUUAACAGGAGACAGCAGGAGACAGGUGUAUUAACAGGAGACAGGUGAUAUUAACAGGAGACAGGUGUAUUAACAGGAGACAGGUGUAUUAACAGGAGACAGGUGUAUUAACAUUAGACAGGUGUAUUGACAGGAGACAGGUGUAUUAACAGGAGACAGGUGUAUUAACAGGAGACAGGUGUAUUAACAGUAGACAGGUGUAUUAACAGGUAUAUUAACAGGAGACAGGUGUAUUAACAUGUAUAUUAACAGGAGACAGGUGUAUUAACAGGAGACAGGUGUAUUAACAGGAGACAGGUGUAUUAACAGGAGAAAGGUGUAUUAACAGGAGACAGGUGUAUUAACAGGAGACCGGUGUAUUAACAGGAGACAGGUGUAUUAACAGGAGACAAGUGUUUUAACAGUAGACAGGUGUAUUAACAGGUAUAUUAACAGGAGACAGGUGUAUUAACAGACAGGUGUAUUAACAGGAGACAGGUGUAUUAACAGGAGACAGGUGUAUUAACAGGAGACAGGUGUAUUAACAGGAGACAGGUGUAUUAACAGGUGUAUUAACAGGAGACAGGUGUAUUAACAGGAGACAGGUGUAUUAACAGGAGACAGGUGAUAUUAACAGGAGACAGGUGUAUUAAUAGGAGACAGGUGAUAUUAACAGGAGACAGGUGAUAUUAACAGGAGACAGGUGUAUUAACAGUAGACAGGUGUAUUAACAGGAGACAGGUGAUAUUAACAGGAGACAGGUGUAUUAACAGGAGACAGGUGUAUUAACAGGAGACAGGUGUAUUAACAGGAGACAGGCGUAUUAACAGGAGACAGGUGUAUUAACAGGAGACAGGUGUAUUAACAGGAGACAGGUGUCUACCCAGGUGUAUUAACAGGAGACAGGUGUAUUAACAGACAGGUGUAUUAACAGGAGACAGGUGUAUUAACAGACAGGUGUAUUAACAGGAGACAGGUGUAUUAACAGGAGACAGGUGUAUUAACAGGAGACAGGUGUAUUAACAGGAGACAGGUGUAUUAACAGGAGACAGGUGUAUUAACAGGAGACAGGUGUAUUAACAGGAGACAGGUGUCUACCCAGGUGUAUUAACAGGAGACAGGUGUAUUAACAGGAGACAGGUGUCUACCCAGGUGUAUUAACAGGAGACAGGUGUAUUAACAGACAGGUGUAUUAACAGGAGACAGGUGUAUUAACAGGAGACAGGUGUAUUAACAGGAGACAGGUGUAUUAACAGGAGACAAGUGUUUUAACAGUAGACAGGUGUAUUAACAGGUAUAUUAACAGGAGACAGGUGUAUUAACAGACAGGUGUAUUAACAGGAGACAGGUGUAUUAACAGGAGACAGGUGUAUUAACAGUAGACAGGUGUAUUAACAGGAGACAGGUGUAUUAACAGGAGACAGGUGUAUUAACAGGAGACAGGUGUAUUAACAGGAGACAGGUGUAUUAACAGGAGACAGGGGUAUUAACAGGUAUAUUAACAGGAGACAGGUGUAUUAACAGACAGGUGUAUUAACAGGAGACAGGUGUAUUAACAGGAGACAGGUGUAUUAACAGGAGACAGGUGUAUUAACAGGAGACAGGUGUAUUAACAGGAGACAGGUGUAUUAACAGUAGACAGGUGUAUUAACAGUAGACAGGGGUAUUAACAGGAGACAGGUGUAUUAACAGGAGACGGGUGUAUUAACAGGAGACAGGUGUAUUAACAGGAGACAGGUGUAUUAACAGGAGACAGGUGUAUUAACAGGAGACAGGUGUAUUAACAGGAGACAGGUGUAUUAACAGGAGACAGGGGUAUUAACAGGAGACAGGAUUGGAGUUCAUUAGGCUGGUUUCCACUGACCCAGGUUUUAUUGUUGUAAUUAUCAAAUACUUUUUAAUCUGUUUGACAGGGUGGAUGUUUCUUUGGUCUUUAUUGUGACAAAUGCUAAUGGAUGUGUGAUGUCGAAGCUCCACUCCACAUUUAAUUAUAUAUAACUACUGCUUGCAAAAAAUCAAUUUCUUCAAAUAUAAAAUAAAAUAAUGUUUCUUUGGAGUACAGAAAAUGGAAACACUUCAAUCAAAUCAUUUUUAUUCAACAUUUUACGUUUAGGGUGAACCACUCAGAGACAGUACCAUCUCCUAGAGGGGAACAAGACCGGUUUGGGUUUAGGGUGAACCACUCAGAGACAGUACCAUCUCCUAGAGGGGAACAAGACCGGUUUGGGUUUAGGGUGAACCACUCAGAGACAGUACCAUCUCCUAGAGGGGAACAAGACCGGUUUGGGUUUAGGGUGAACCACUCAGAGACAGUACCAUCUCCUAGAGGGGAACAAGACCGGUUUGGGUUUAGGGUGAACAACUCAGAGACAGUACCAUCUCCUAGAGGGGGACAAGACCGGUUUGGGUUUAGGGUGAACCACUCAGAGACAGUACCAUCUCCUAGAGGGGAACAAGACCGGUUUGGGUUUAGGGUGAACCACUCAGAGACAGUACCAUCUCCUAGAGGGGAACAAGACCGGUUUGGGUUUAGGGUGAACCACUCAGAGACAGUACCCUCUCCUAGAGGGGAACAAGACCGGUUUGGGUUUAGGGUGAACCACUCAGAGACAGUAUGUUACCAUCUCCUAGAGGUGAACAAGACCGGUUUGGGUUUAGGGUGAACCACUCAGAGACAGUACCAUCUCCUAGAGGGGAACAAGACCGGUUUGGGUUUAGGGUGAACCACUCAGAGACAGUACCAUCUCCUAGAGGGGAACAAGACCGGUUUGGGUUUAGGGUGAACCACUCAGAGACAGUACCAUCUCCUAGAGGGGAACAAGACCGGUUUGGGUUUAGGGUGAACCACUCAGAGACAGUACCAUCUCCUAGAGGGGAACAAGACCGGUUUGGGUUUAGGGUGAACCACUCAGAGACAGUACCAUCUCCUAGAGGGGAACAAGACCGGUUUGGGUUUAGGGUGAACCACUCAGAGACAGUACCAUCUCCUAGAGGGGAACAAGACCGGUUUGGGUUUAGGGUGAACCACUCAGAGACAGUAUGUUACCAUCUCCUAGAGGGGAACAAGACCGGUUUGGGUUUAGGGUGAACAACUCAGAGACAGUACCAUCUCCUAGAGGGGAACAAGACCGGUUUGGGUUUAGGGUGAACCACUCAGAGACAGUACCAUCUCCUAGAGGGGAACAAGACCGGUUUGGGUUUAGGGUGAACCACUCAGAGACAGUAUGUUACCAUCUCCUAGAGGUGAACAAGACCGGUUUGGGUUUAGGGUGAACCACUCAGAGACAGUACCAUCUCCUAGAGGGGAACAAGACCGGUUUGGGUUUAGGGUGAACCACUCAGAGACAGUAUGUUACCAUCUCCUAGAGGUGAACAAGACCGGUUUGGGUUUAGGGUGAACCACUCAGAGACAGUACCAUCUCCUAGAGGGGAACAAGACCGGUUUGGGUUUAGGGUGAACCACUCAGAGACAGUACCAUCUCCUAGAGGGGAACAAGACCGGUUUGGGUUUAGGGUGAACCACUCAGAGACAGUACCAUCUCCUAGAGGGGAACAAGACCGGUUUGGGUUUAGGGUGAACCACUCAGAGACAGUACCAUCUCCUAGAGGGGAACAAGACCGGUUUGGGUUUAGGGUGAACAACUCAGAGACAGUACCAUCUCCUAGAGGGGGACAAGACCGGUUUGGGUUUAGGGUGAACCACUCAGAGACAGUACCAUCUCCUAGAGGGGAACAAGACCGGUUUGGGUUUAGGGUGAACCACUCAGAGACAGUACCAUCUCCUAGAGGGGAACAAGACCGGUUUGGGUUUAGGGUGAACCACUCAGAGACAGUACCCUCUCCUAGAGGGGAACAAGACCGGUUUGGGUUUAGGGUGAACCACUCAGAGACAGUACCAUCUCCUAGAGGGGAACAAGACCGGUUUGGGUUUAGGGUGAACCACUCAGAGACAGUACCAUCUCCUAGAGGGGAACAAGACCGGUUUGGGUUUAGGGUGAACCACUCAGAGACAGUACCAUCUCCUAGAGGGGAACAAGACCGGUUUGGGUUUAGGGUGAACCACUCAGAGACAGUACCAUCUCCUAGAGGGGAACAAGACCGGUUUGGGUUUAGGGUGAACCACUCAGAGACAGUACCAUCUCCUAGAGGGGAACAAGACCGGUUUGGGUUUAGGGUGAACCACUCAGAGACAGUACCAUCUCCUAGAGGGGAACAAGACCGGUUUGGGUUUAGGGUGAACCACUCAGAGACAGUAUGUUACCAUCUCCUAGAGGGGAACAAGACCGGUUUGGGUUUAGGGUGAACAACUCAGAGACAGUACCAUCUCCUAGAGGGGAACAAGACCGGUUUGGGUUUAGGGUGAACCACUCAGAGACAGUACCAUCUCCUAGAGGGGAACAAGACCGGUUUGGGUUUAGGGUGAACCACUCAGAGACAGUAUGUUACCAUCUCCUAGAGGUGAACAAGACCGGUUUGGGUUUAGGGUGAACCACUCAGAGACAGUACCAUCUCCUAGAGGGGAACAAGACCGGUUUGGGUUUAGGGUGAACCACUCAGAGACAGUAUGUUACCAUCUCCUAGAGGUGAACAAGACCGGUUUGGGUUUAGGGUGAACCACUCAGAGACAGUACCAUCUCCUAGAGGGGAACAAGACCGGUUUGGGUUUAGGGUGAACCACUCAGAGACAGUACCAUCUCCUAGAGGGGAACAAGACCGGUUUGGGUUUAGGGUGAACCACUCAGAGACAGUACCCUCUCCUAGAGGGGAACAAGACCGGUUUGGGUUUAGGGUGAACCACUCAGAGACAGUACCAUCUCCUAGAGGGGGACAAGACCGGUUUGGGUUUAGGGUGAACCACUCAGAGACAGUACCAUCUCCUAGAGGGGAACAAGACCGGUUUGGGUUUAGGGUGAACCACUCAGAGACAGUACCAUCUCCUAGAGGGGAACAAGACCGGUUUGGGUUUAGGGUGAACCACUCAGAGACAGUACCAUCUCCUAGAGGUGAACAAGACCGGUUUGGGUUUAGGGUGAACCACUCAGAGACAGUACCAUCUCCUAGAGGUGAACAAGACCGGUUUGGGUUUAGGGUGAACCACUCAGAGACAGUACCAUCUCCUAGAUGUGAACAAGACCGGUUUGGGUUUAGGGUGAACCACUCAGAGACAGUAUGUUACCAUCUCCUAGAGGGGAACAAGACCGGUUUGGGUUUAGGGUGAACCACUCAGAGACAGUAUGUUACCAUCUCCUAGAGGUGAACAAGACCGGUUUGGGUUUAGGGUGAACCACUCAGAGACGGUACCCUCUCCUAGAGGGGAACAAGACCGGUUUGGGUUUAGGGUGAACCACUCAGAGACAGUACCAUCUCCUAGAUGUGAACAAGACCGGUUUGGGUUUAGGGUGAACCACUCAGAGACAGUACCCUCUCCUAGAGGGGAACAAGACCGGUUUGGGUUUAGGGUGAACCACUCAGAGACAGUACCAUCUCCUAGAGGGGGACAAGACCGGUUUGGGUUUAGGGUGAACCACUCAGAGACAGUACCAUCUCCUAGAGGGGAACAAGACCGGUUUGGGUUUAGGGUGAACCACUCAGAGACAGUACCAUCUCCUAGAGGGGAACAAGACCGGUUUGGGUUUAGGGUGAACCACUCAGAGACAGUACCAUCUCCUAGAGGUGAACAAGACCGGUUUGGGUUUAGGGUGAACCACUCAGAGACAGUACCAUCUCCUAGAGGUGAACAAGACCGGUUUGGGUUUAGGGUGAACCACUCAGAGACAGUACCAUCUCCUAGAUGUGAACAAGACCGGUUUGGGUUUAGGGUGAACCACUCAGAGACAGUAUGUUACCAUCUCCUAGAGGGGAACAAGACCGGUUUGGGUUUAGGGUGAACCACUCAGAGACAGUAUGUUACCAUCUCCUAGAGGUGAACAAGACCGGUUUGGGUUUAGGGUGAACCACUCAGAGACGGUAUGUUACCAUCUCCUAGAGGGGAACAAGACCGGUUUGGGUUUAGGGUGAACCACUCAGAGACAGUAUGUUACCAUCUCCUAGAGGGGAACAAGACCGGUUUGGGUUUAGGGUGAACCACUCAGAGACAGUACCAUCUCCUAGAGGUGAACAAGACCGGUUUGGGUUUAGGGUGAACCACUCAGAGACAGUACCAUCUCCUAGAGGGGAACAAGACCGGUUUGGGUUUAGGGUGAACCACUCAGAGACAGUACCAUCUCCUAGAGGGGAACAAGACCGGUUUGGGUUUAGGGUGAACCACUCAGAGACAGUACCCUCUCCUAGAGGGGAACAAGACCGGUUUGGGUUUAGGGUGAACCACUCAGAGACAGUACCAUCUCCUAGAGGGGGACAAGACCGGUUUGGGUUUAGGGUGAACCACUCAGAGACAGUACCAUCUCCUAGAGGGGAACAAGACCGGUUUGGGUUUAGGGUGAACCACUCAGAGACAGUACCAUCUCCUAGAGGGGAACAAGACCGGUUUGGGUUUAGGGUGAACCACUCAGAGACAGUACCAUCUCCUAGAGGUGAACAAGACCGGUUUGGGUUUAGGGUGAACCACUCAGAGACAGUACCAUCUCCUAGAGGUGAACAAGACCGGUUUGGGUUUAGGGUGAACCACUCAGAGACAGUAUGUUACCAUCUCCUAGAGGGGAACAAGACCGGUUUGGGUUUAGGGUGAACCACUCAGAGACAGUACCAUCUCCUAGAGGGGAACAAGACCGGUUUGGGUUUAGGGUGAACCACUCAGAGACAGUACCAUCUCCUAGAGGGGAACAAGACCGGUUUGGGUUUAGGGUGAACCACUCAGAGACAGUAUGUUACCAUCUCCUAGAAAUCAAAUCAAAUUUUAUUGGUCACAUACAUGUUUAGCAGAUGUUAAUGCGAGUGUAGCAAAAUGCUUGUGCUUCUAGUUCCGACCGUGCAGUAAUAACCAACAUGUAAUCUAACUGUUACGUUCGUCGUUGAAUGAGUGAGACCAAAGCGCAACGUGGAAAGUGUUCAUGAUAAUUUAAUAUUGAAACACAGACAAAACAACAAAACAAUAUAAACGAACGUAAAGUUCUGCAGGGUUCUCAGCUACUGUGCAACAACAACUUCCCACAAACUAGGGUGGAAAAACAGGCUGCCUAAGUAUGGUUCCCAAUCAGAGACAACGAUAGACAGCUGCCUCUGAUUGGGAACCACACCCGGCCACACAUAGAAAUAGAAAACUAGACUGCCCACGCUGACCUCCCCAAAUAGAGAAAUAAAACGUCUCUCUAAGGUCAGGGCGUGACAUACCUUAUACACACAAGUGUAAAGGAAUGAAUGAGAAUAUGUACAUAUAAAUAUAUGGAUGAGCGAUGGCCAAACGGCAUAGGCAAGAUGCAGUAGAUGGUAUAGAAUACAGUAUAUACAUAUGAGAUGAGGGAUGUAGGGUAUGUAAACAUUAUAUAAAGUGGCAUUGUUUAAAGUGGCUAGUGAUACAUUUUUACAUAAUUUCCAUCAAUUCCCAUUAUUAAAGUGGCUGGAGUUGAGAAAGUAUGUUGGCAGCAGCCACUAAAUGUUAGUGGUGGCUGUUUAACAGUCUGAUGGCCUUGAGAUAGAAGCUGUUUAACAGUCUGAUGGCCUGGAGAUAGAAGCUGUUUUUCAGUCUGAUGGCCUUGAGAUAGAAGCUGUUUUUCAGUCUGAUGGCCUGGAGAUAGAAGCUGUUUUUCAGUCUGAUGGCCUUGACAUAGAAGCUGUUUUUCAGUCUGAUGGCCUUGAGAUAGAAGCUGUUUAACAGCCUGAUGGCCUUGAGAUAGAAGCUGUUUUUCAGUCUGAUGGCCUUGAGAUAGAAGCUGUUUAACAGCCUGAUGGCCUUGAGAUAGAAGCUGUUUUUCAGUCUCUCGGUCCCAGCUUUGAUGCACCUGUACUGACCUCUCCUUCUGGAUGAGAGCGGGGUGAACAGGCAGUGGCUCGGGUGGUUGUUGUCCUUGAUGAUCUUUAUGGCCUUCCUGUGACAUCGGGUGGUGUAGGUGUCCUGGAGGGCAGGUAGUUUGCGGUGAACAAGGCCGGUUUGGGUUUAAGGUGAACCACUCAACAGAGAGGGUAUGUUACUAUCUCCUAGAGGGGAACAAGGCACACACAGAGAGAGAGAGAGAGAGAGAGAGAGAGAGAGAGAGAGAGAGAGAGAGAGAGAGAGAGAGAGAGAGAGAGAGAGAGAGAGAGAGAGAGAGAGACAGAGAGAGAGAGAGGGCGAG